CCAGAGAACCAGGGUCAAAAAGGGAAACCUAAAAGUUGGGAAACAGCUGGCCCAUAAAAUGAAUCCAGAUUGCUGGAGGUCUGGUGGAAGCAUUUUUAAGACUACAGGGGACAUAAUUGAAGCAGACUUGGGACAGGGCAGCAGCAGUCAGCAGGAGUUUCUAAGAUUUGGAUCAACUUGGUAGUGAAACGAGAGAAAAACCCCAAAUCUUUUCCUAAAUGGUGGAGGACUGAUUUGAACCUCAUUCUUCCAUCCCUCCUGCCAGUUGGGAGCCUCGUUGGCAUCUUCUCUAACAAGAACAACGGUGGGAGAGUGACCACUCUCGGAGCCCUUAUUAGACCACCAUCUUAAACACAUUUGAAGUGUUAAUACUGUCUUGAGGAAGUACGCAACCAAACAUUUCCUGGAUACGUCUGUGUGACAACAUGGCAAAGAAAAACAACCCGAAGGAUACGUCAGGGGUGGUGUUUGACACACGAUCAAAAAUGGCCAUGUCCCAGGGAGGAACAACUGAGAGGAUGAAAGAAAAGAUCAGUGCCGUCAGGGCAGUUGUGCCCAACAAAAGUAACAAUGAGAUUGUGCUGGUGUUGCAGCAUUUUGAAAACUGUGUUGACAAGGCCGUUCAAGCUUUCUUAGAAGGCAGUGCAGUUGAGAUCCUGAAGGAGUGGAAUGUCACCGGCAAGAAGAAGCCCAAGAAGAAAAAGAAGCCCAAGCCUCAGCCAGAGGCUUCAGCUGAGCCUGCUCCACCUGAGGCCACAUUGCCUGAGGAGGGCAAGGAUGAGGUCAACGGCUUUCACGCCAACGGAUCCGUAAUGGACGUAGAGUCACUUGAUUCCCUGAGUGAACAGCUGGACUCUGCCUCCCUGGAUGCAGCCGAGCUGGACUCUGAACCUGCAACAUCCGAAACCACCGGUGCAGAAGCAGAAAGUCAAGAUAGCAUUCCAAGUCCCCCCUUACAGCAAGGAGGGAGGAAUCACCAGGUUCCCAGAGGAAACAAGAACCGACACAGGCCAGGCUCCAAUUCACAUCCGCUCACUUUAUUCUUUCCACCCAACACUGAUGAGCAUGGAUCGUCAGGAGUCAAGAAGAUGGCUCCCAACAUUGACCGCUCUGUGAAGGACCUGCAGAGAUGCACCGCCUCACUGACUCGCUACAGGAUAGUGGUCAAGGAGGAGAUGGACUCCUCAAUCAAGAGGAUGAAGCAGACGUUCGCUGAGCUCCAGAGCUCUUUAAUGGACCGAGAAGUGACUCUACUGGGAGAGAUGGACAAAGUGAAAGCAGAGGCCAUGGGGAUUUUAGACUCCCGGCAGAAGAAAGCGGAGGAGCUCCGACGGCUGACCGACCAGUCAGCAUCCAUGUCUGAGGAGCAGCUGACUGAACUGCGUGCGGACAUCAAGCACUUUGUGAGUGAGCGUAAAUACGACGAGGACCUCGGGAAAGCUGUAAGAUUUACAUUUGAUCUUGAACCGCUGAAGGCGAGCAUCUUAGGGUUUGGAUCAGUCUACCAUCCGCAUACGGGCUACUCACACCGGUCCCGCUGUAGCUCCACGUCCUCUGCUGUCGCCAGCCCGAGCCAGCUGGAAACUCCUCCUCCCACCCAGACCCAAAGCCCCCCCAGUGAAAACCGCCCUCCACCAAACAAACAGAUUUUCCAAGGCAACAGGCGUACUUUCCAGGGACAAGGGUAUCAUUCGGGUGCUCAGAGGUAUAACGGCGCUUCCUACCAUGACCGGAACGCCGCUCGUGCUAAUCACCGCCACCAGAGCGACAGUGGCUCUUCUGGUCCUUCACAGCAGUCACACGGCUCCAGAGGUCCCCACCAUUUCCCCACAUCCUCCUACAACCCAGACCGACCCUCUCAUAACGGGCUGCCCCAAAGGCUUCCGCGGACGCAAUGCCCCUGACAUUGGAAAUCCCGCGCUCAAUCAAACCCAUCUAACUAACCCUUGCACUCGUCUCCCCAUAGCCUCCCCAUGCCUUCUACACUCUCCCCUCUACUAACUCCUUUCAAUGAAGAAUAGAAUACAUGUUUACAUAUUUCUGUCAGUCGAGCUGUAGUGCCACCUCUCUACAUCAAACUUGAAACGCUUUCACUGUCCUGUAAUCGCUCUUCCCUUCUAUCUUUAGGCUCCCUUGGAGAGAUCUCAUUGCUAUGCUACUCUGUAGUCUCUGUUAUUAUUUUCUACAUUUAAGCUGUCUGCCAGAGACCACCAUGAUUACCUGGAACAGUUUGUGCACUAUUGAAGUUGAGCUCUUAGUUCUAUUUCCAUUUUUGCCGUAGCUUAUGUCAGCUCUCUGAUUUGCACCUCAGAUCUCCUGAAUUGUUUUGUUUUUUUGUCUCCCAGAGCCAUUUCAAUGCCUUCACCGUGGUAAGCGUAGUGUAAGUGCAAAAGCAGUUCUAGCAUUUACAGAGAUUAUUGUCAUCAUGAGAAUAGACCUGCAAUCAACACUACAGACAUCAUUAAUCAUGAUCAUUAUCAUUAAUUAUUACAAUGUAAAAAAAAAAAAUGAAGCAUAUCAAACUGUAAUCCAGAGCUUUUCGUAUGGCUGCUACAAACCAUAGGGGACUUGGUAACACUAGGACUUAGAUGUGUUUGAGAGUAACUCUGUGAACAGGGAGGGUGCCGCCUUAAAGGAAUAGUUCGACAUUUGAGAAAUGGCUCAUUCCCUAACUUUGAGUUGGAUACAAAGAUGGAUACCGACCUCAUGUCUGUACGAUUUUAAACUCAAAGCUUUCAACAGCAGCGGGUUAGCUUAGCACAAAGACUGGAAGCAGGUGGAAACCAGCGCCUAAAGUUCAAUAAUCAACACUUUCUAUUUUGUUUGUUUAUUUUGUACAAAAAGUGAAGUGUAAAAACUACAAGUUGUGUAUGUACGGGGGGGUUAUGUGCCCGGCAGGCAGAGCAAAGCCAGCUGUUUCCCUUGCUAAGCUAAUCGGCUGCUGGCUGCAGCUUCAUAUUUACCGUGCAGACCUGACAGUGGUAUCAAUCUUCUCUAAUUCUCUGCAAGAAAACAAAGAUGCACAUUUCUCAAAAUGUGGCGCUUUUCCUUUAAAUAUUGCCUAAGACGGUGACGCGUCGCCCUCCCGCUGGCCAACGGUUAUCGUGUGUGCUGUUGUUGGCUUGCUGUCCGUUAUUUUGUAACAAAGAGAGGGCUCAUUACCUUUUGUAGAAUGCUGUUAAAUAAUGUUAAAACUCACAACAAAGGAAACUGUCGACAUGCUGUUCUACAUGUAGUCCUCGACAAUUAUUCAAAUGGAUUUUCUUCCACACAGUUUCUUCUUUGUGUCGUUGCGUUGUUAUAUGCACAUGGACGGUAUAUUAAUGACAUGCUUGCCUUUAGUCACAGAGAGACUUCACAUUUGCCUUUCUAGAGACAUAGAUGUCUGCAUCAUGACGGCUUUCUAAACCGAUGGUACCUGUAGAGCAGACGAUUUCUAAUAUGUGUAAGAACAAGGUCUUUUCUUCCCCUUUUUAUAUUCUCAAUUUAUCCCACCCGCGAACGUAUAACUGAUCAAACCAAUGAAUGAAUUGGAAGGUUGUAUUGAACUCAGAUUUUUUUUUUUUUAUAUAUAUAUAUAUAUAUGGCUGCCAAGUAGCUUCUUUAAAGGAGAAUUCCGAUCGAUUCCAACAUGUAUCUCUGUUUUUUUGUACAUGUGGAGUGCUUUCAGAGAGAAAAAUGAAACCAAUCUGUGCUGCCUACACCGUGUUAUCCUCCUGCUAGAGUUAGCACCUAACAGGCUUAAACAGGGCAAGUUUGAAAUGUGUUUUUAGCUUCUAAACAGGUUCAAAAUGUCAUUAGAAGUGCCUACCCAUGUGCAGGGAUUCCUUCUGAGUGAACACAGUAAAUCUGACUGCUAAGGAUGUGGAAGAAAUGUAAGAAAGUUGUGUUAAUUCAGCUGUGUUUAGUUCUUGUGUUGAGGAGGCAAUUAGAGAGCUUAGGGACCGUCCACAAACUACAACACAGAAAGGAGAUACAAACAUGUUUUCUAAAAUAAUCAUAUGCUUUCUUUUUUAACGCAAGUGCUGUAGUCCAACUAGCAAGAGACAAGUUAUAAUUGAAGUAUGUUUGGAGACACUACCUUAUUUAAUCAUUCAAUAGAUAGCCUACCUAUUUUAGUUUCAUCUCGUUUCUGUGUUGUUUGUAGACGGUCCCUAAACUCAUUCCUUUAACAUCCCUAGCGGUCAUAUUCCCUGUGUUCCCUCGGAAGGAAUCACUUCACAUUGGGAAGGCACUUUUAAUGACAUUUUGAACCUGUUUAGAAGCUAAAAACACAUUUAAAACUUGCCCUGUUUGAGCCUGUUGGGUGCUAACGCUAGCAGGAGGACAACUCGGUGUAGACAGCACAGAUUGGUUUAGUUUUUCUCUCCACUGACAGCGCUCCACAUUUACAAACUACAGAGCUACAUGUCGGAAUCUACCGGAAUUCUCCUUUUAAGGCUGCUGUUGUUGGGGUUAUGUCUCAUCGUAGUGUCCACAGCUUAGAACACAAAGCUGGCGCAUACCUCAGUGCUGAUGAUUUGACAUGGCCUGUCUCCUGGCAGUGGGCUUUUAUUUAGGGACCGGGACCCCUGGUGAUGCCUCUUCUCUUCUUGUAGUUAUGUACAUACAACUUGACCGUAAUGUAAGACUGGUUGUUACAUAAUUGCUGCAUUUCCUCCAUAAUAUGUCGUCUUCCUUUUGAGCAGACUUGAAAAACAUGAAUUUCUUAUAUGUUCUCUCCCCCGUCCUUUUGUUUCCUUGUGGGUUUUCAUAUGAAGGGGACAUUUUUCUUCUUAUUUGAGAGAUUCAGAAACCCCAGUAAUUAUUAGUUAAUAUUGUGGAGAGAAGAGCGUUAACUUGU